AUGUAUCGGUAUAAAAUGAGAACGCUGUCUACAACUGUGCUGGUAAGAGCAACAAAAUGCUCGGCACUCAACAUGGACGUACACUGGAUACGAACUGUGUCUCAGGGAAGACAUGGCGGUGCAAAAUUUGCUGGACGGAAUGAGCCCAGUGUGUUUGAUUCUAAGGCCCCGAAAUCAGCACGUAUUAAAGCCUUCAGACACGUAAUAUAUCAAUCCGCUAUAGGUAAAGGCAACGUUAACUUUUCUUCGAUGGAGGUCAAUUUAAUAACACGUUUGGUUAGUGUGCUUAAAGGAGGAUGCAAGAAAAACCUUGAGAAUUCACUUCAAGCUAAAGUGCUCCUCCUUAAUAAAUCAUUGCUAACACAGCGAUUAACAGAUGAAGACAUAUUUAAAGGCAUGAAUUUGGUGUCAGGUCCUGUCAAUGUCGCUAUUCCUCGGGACAUAUCAUCGCAGGAGAAAAAAGAGAGGGUAAAACUACAAAGUCAGAAAUUGCAGAAUAUUGAUCUUCAUCCUAGCGGGAAGGCGCAUAUUGAGGAACUUCUACACUCUUUGAACUUAGAUACGAACGACCAUGAAGAAAUUUACAGAAAAAUAUCGCUUUAUCUACAGAAAAAUGAAGAAAGUGUGGGCGCUUCACAACAUAACCAUGUAGAUAUCGAUUUGAAAUCUUUAAAAGGGUAUCUGCAAAAUAUUGAGAAGAGGGCACAUCUAAAAAGGGCCAUUAAUAAACAAAAGAAAAGUCAAACUCGCACUUUUGAAUGGAACACAGAAUCCUUCUCCGAAACAGUACCAUUGACAGCGGGAAGUAUCUUAUUUAAAAGGAGACCUAGCCGCUUAUGGAAACGUUUUCAAAACGGAAUAGGCAUAUUUCUCAAUCUGACCAAAGGGGCAAAGAAAAUUAGUACCGCUAACAAAGUCCCUGAGGGAAACAACAUACUGUUACAUUCAUUGGAAGACAAUAAGGACAUAAUUAUAUCAAACAACUUUGACUAUGGUGUAUUCAACAUCAACUUCACAGAUUUAUUUGGUGUCAUUAAUUCCUCUGGGUAUCCGCCAGAGAGAGUUUUGAACCGGAUCAAUGACAUUGAGUUAAAGGGUUGGGAAUGCAUAGGGAACCUGUACGAUAAUAGUAAAGUAAUGGUUUUUCAAAGUAGCCAUCAAUUUUCAGAUGAGAGAAGGGUCCCUAAAGGGUCAUCUACUCCUCGUAAAACAUUUUUCAUUUCAAUCACAGCUUUAUUGACCACAUUUUUUGCAUAUUAUAAAUACCGUCUUCUCCAACGUGAGGAACCAAAUUAA